AUGUCGAUGGAUGUAGUAUCUUGGACACAAGACAAUCAAACACUAGAUAAUCUGACAUCUUUUAAUGAAUCAAUAUUCUAUGGUACAACCAACAAUCAAUCGACUCGGUUCCAAGUCACAAUUGGUCAAUUCCCAAAUACCACGAUCAAUACCUUUGCCGGUGAAGAUAUGCAAAUGGCAUCAAAUUCUCUCAAAUAUACAAUUAAAAUCAUUGAUUGGGUAUGGUCAUCGCCAUUCAGCACUCUACAAGUCAUAUUCCAUUCAAGAUCAGAUUCAGUUGAAUAUGACGAGUGUGGAGUUGUAUCAGUUGCACUAUUCACUAUUAUAGUAAUAGCGGUCAUUAUAUUCUUGAAGCGACUCCCAAGCAACAGACCACCAAAUAAUGAACCCCCAAUAGAAAUGGAUGUCUUGGCAAACCCUCAACAACAACAAAAUAAUAAUAAUAAUGAUAAUAAUAAUAACGAAUAA